AUGGCCGCAACAUGGGGCUACGGCCAAACCGGCGCCUCGACAAUCUCUUUUCUCAAAAAGAUCGAAAUGGCCCCGUCCACCGAAGACCAAGCCUCCCUGUCAAGCCUAUCUUCUACACAUGGCUCCCGCGCAGACUCCUUCGCCAUUCGGGAGAAGUAUAAAGGUCUUAUUCGACAGCUUCCCGCCAAGGUGUUCUCUGAUAAGCUGGUCGACAUGUUUAUGCGCGAAUUCAACUGGCAGUAUUAUUUUGUCGACCCCGACAUUUUCUACGCUCAACUCCAGGAAUGGAAUAACUUGCCAUUUAGCAUAUUUUCCACCGAAGGUCCACAGGGAAUCUCACAAGACCUGAGGGUCUUCCCCGCUGUGCUGUUUCAAAUGAUUGCUACAGCGUUGCUGAUUCUGCCAGAUGAGGAAGAGGAGGAAUUUGCCAUGUUGAAGUAUGCGGCUAAUAUGACGUUUGAGGACUUGGCUUGUGAUUAUAGUGCCAGCGGGGAAGACAUUGUUAUGCUAUUUGGGAAGAAGGGACUGAGUGUAACGACUGUUCAGGCCGAGUUUCUGAGGGCUUCGUUUUUGAAGUUUACGGCUAAUGUGACUGAAUCGUGGCACAUGGUUGGUAUAGCCAUUAGAGACGCUCAAGAGUUGGGCAUGCACCGCGAUAGUCUCGAUCCCAAGCCUGCAGAUACGAGUGUAGAAAGGGCCCUUGAAAACCAGUGGCUCAUCGAGAGACGGCGCAAGCUAUACAUGGUUCUUGCAAUCUGGGACAUCAACAUGUGUCUCAUUCUAGGCCGCCCCGGGACAAUCGACUGGCGUCACGGCUCUCCUUCCCUCCCAAUCGACGCCCCAGAACCGACAGAUCGCUCGAAAACUCCCAUCGUUCUCCGUAAUCCCGAAAAGGAUCCUCCUACUCCUCUGACGCGCUCGCUGUGGCUGCACCAGCUUUCUUCUCCGCUACGAGACAUCCAAGAUCUCGAGCAAGAUGGCCCCUAUCCGAAAGACUUUUCCAAAAUUGACAAAUUACACCAAAAGAUUAUGAGCCUCCACGACUCGACGCCUGGGAUAUUCCGAGUGGAAAAUCCAGAUACAAGAUGGGACGAGGAUCCAAACGUGGCGCCGUGGAUCCAAGUGUCACGAUAUUACUUCAACCUGCUUCAUGGUUUCAGUCUCAUGGCACUACAUAGAUCGUAUGUAUUCCACCGAAAGAAGAGCAGAGUUGAGGCACUGCAAGCGAGUUUGUCGAUGCUCGAAAUGCAGAGAUUGAUGUUUGAAGGGCUCUCAGCUACAUCUUGGAGGAACUUCAUGCUCUUCUUUGGAACAUUCGAUGCCAUCGUCCUCAUCGCAUCAAUAUACAUCCUCUUUCCGCACGACCACCCUGAGCACAAACAGCUAGCAGUGCAACACAUCCACUGGGCCAUCGAGCGCUUCGCAACCAUGCAGGCGCGCAGCCCGCUCGCCAAAUCCGCACAAGGCGUCCUUCGCGCCAUUCUGGGCAAGUUCACAAGGGCACUCUCUAAUUCCGCGUCCCCAGCCAAAGAUUCGGAGACGCCCUCCUCCACGCGGGGCCCGUCAGAAACUACACCGGCCAGUGUGGUCGGGAGGCGGGAAAUCAGCCAAGCGAGUAGUCUGACAACGGACGAAUAUGGAAAGGACAGUGCUUCCAAUGGCCAUGGGUUUGAGAGCGCAAGUACGGGACUGGCCAUGACUGGGGAGACGUGGCUUUCGCCGAGUGAAUGGGCGUUUGCUCCGGAUGGUCUGUCGAACAUCAUGCCGACAUUUGCAACGUCAGAUUUGAUAUUCAAUGACCUCACGGCGGUGCAGGACCGGAUGGACAUGAUGGAGGUGCCGGGGAUGGGAGUUGGAGGGUUGGAUUGGCAAUUCGGAGGGGAUAUUGGGGAAGGCACACUUUGGCAGGUGUUGAAUCAGUUCCAGCCUAGAUGA